GUCCGGUUGGGGGGGGGGGGCUGCGCGUUUCGGUCUCUGUCGUCGUCACCCUCCCUGUGUUAAACACAGUGGUACCUCCUCACAGCCAGAAGCACACGUAGAGCGACUGAAGUGAAGGUUUUACAGAAGAAGAAGUGAGAUCGCAUCACCAUGAGGCAGAUCACCGGCAAACACUUGCUGUGCUUCUUCCUGCUCGUCUUCCCGCUGUCCUGGGCUGAGGACACGAAGAGGGAUGGGAGGAGGACUCAGAACGACUCAGAUUUGAUCCAAAUAAAGAGCAGAAGACUUUUUGCAAGGCAGAAGGUUUCUCCAUCAAAGGAAAAUCCCACUGCUAAACGCAAGUCAAACCUGAACCCUGCGCGACGCUGUGGCCGCCUCAUGGAGAACUGCUCCUCUCGGGUGCCAUGCUGCGACCCCUGCGCUUCCUGCCGGUGUCGACUCUUCAACACAAUCUGUCACUGCUGGAGGAUCAACCACCUGUGCCAAAAGAGGACAUAGAUGGAGCAUGUGUACACACACACACACAAACACACACGCACACACACACGCACACACACACGCACACACACACACACACACACACACACACACACACACACACACACACACACACGCACACACACACACACACACACACACACACAGCCCAGCACCUGAACAUACUUAAAUCGAUCAGCCACAACAUUAAAAGCAUUAACCUGUUGAGGCUCAUUGGUGUAAAUGCAGAAUAAUUCACGUACGCUUUAUGUCUUUACAGAGCACGUGCAGUUCCGAGAAUAUUAUCACGCUUCAGUGCAAAUGACUAACGUUUGGAAAACCAUGAAAUAGUUAGAAAUUAAAAGCGAUAGUUCUUUCCAUUGUGGCUUCCACACUUGAAGGAGAGAGAGGCGUGAGCGAGGGGGUGAAGCCAUAUGUUAUUUCUGGGAUUUUCUGUCUCCACUCUUCUGAGGCUUGAAUAUAACAAACAAAAUACCCCCAGAAAUGUUUACAGGAUAUGUAGAUAUCAAACAUACAGUUUGUAGGUGUAACUAAGGACAAGUGUCAUGUGCUUUUUGAUGUGAAUAUCCCAUUACAUGUUAACUGUGUGUUGUGCCUCUGGAAUAUUUCCCGCACUAUUGCUGCUUUUGAAUAUCUUUAUCUUUAUCUCAUUCCUGCCAUGUUCAACUUGUAUUGACGGCAAUUACUGGAUUAUAUUUGAAACAAAAAUGUUUGGUAUUUUUACUCAUUACCCUACAGACUAAAUGUGGAAAAAAUAAAACAUCUGUUUAAAAAAAUGAUUUCUCUGGUCUGUGCAAUGUCUGCCUUGGGGAAGAUUUGACCUGGUGUCCCAAAUGAA